UCCCCUACUGCCCUUCACUGAGGCCAAUCGCAAUUUCCCAAAGUUAGGGCUGACUUGCUGAUCUCUCCGAGGGUUGUCUCUCUCUCUUCUUCUCCUCCCUCCCGAUACUUCCUUCGACCUUGAGCUAUCACGAAGCUUCCAUGGCGCCACCUCCAGGCCCUUACUCUGGUACCAGCACUCUAGCUUUGGUGGCUCGUGCAUCGGCCUUCACUUUCGGUCUCGUCUAUGGAAGCGUCAAGCUGAAGUAUCUUAAGGCUAAGGCAAAGUCACAACAGAAGGCUGAGGCUAAGGGACAUCAUUGAAGCAGCGAUGGAUCCCAUUGUUGAUUUCCAAUAAUGCACGAUGAAUAGAGAUCUUUAGGAGUUGUUUCUCUUCCUGUAAAGUUUUGGUAGACCAUGAUGCUCCAUUGACAAUUCUGCAAUUUUUCAAGUUGGUUUUCCGACCAAAGGAUUAUGAUUCGGUUUUCAUCUUUUAUGCUUGAUAACAGAGACUGUUAAGAGGGAUUUUUUUUCACAAAUCCUUAAUUCAAAAAUAAUCAUUCAUUAAUCA